GAGAGGCAGACAGGGAGAGAGAGGGGGAGGGAGAGAGGUGCAGCUGAGAGAGACAGCCUCUUAGAGCCGUGAGGCAGAAGUGAUGGAUUCAGCCCACAGAAAAGUGACAGUCUUCUCCUAACGGGCCACAGGCAGUACACAAACCUGCCCUGGACUCCCACCAUUUAUCAGGAAACGGCCUCCGCCACCCAGCUACAGUCAGAAAGCGCUCCAACUCAGUCAAGUGGAUUUUGGAACAAUCUACUCAAUGUUUGCUGAAGAGUUUCUGGCAAGUUAAGCUUCUGCCGGGCUAAUGACGGUCUUUUAAUAACAGGCUUUAAGACGCCGCCGCCUCUCCACGGCUGGAAUGGACUAAGGUGACAAAGAGUGAGCGAGCAGACGGGCAGAGAGGGGAGAGGAGGACGCAGAGGUGCGGCGUUCACACUUGGGAUGACUUUCGACCAGGAGAAACUUCAAUCAGCUGUGCCAGGAGGGCAAGGCAACUGAGAGAGCCUCAUCAACCCUCUGCAGUUAUCUCGCUUUGGUGCAUUGGACACAAACUCAUGGAGGCCCCUUCAACGGUCCUGCUGGGGCUCCUUCUCUUUUACGGACUCGUCUGUGGUGUCCAGCAGACUCAGGGGAGUCCGGCGGACGGCAGCCACGGCGGGGGCAGGACCCAAGAGUUUGAGAGUAGUGAGGAUGGUCUAGAGAGAGAGUUUCUCUAUGCUGGACGGAGCAAACGUGCUCCAGCCGACCAGCAGCAGGACAAGUGCUCCUACACUUUCAUCGUGCCUCAACAGAAAGUGACCGGCGCCAUCUGUGUCAACUCCAAGGAGCCAGAGGCCAUGCUGGAGAACCGGGUCAACAAACAGGAGCUAGAGCUGCUAAAUGUGGAGCUACAGAAACAGAAGAGGCAGAUCGAGACCCUGCAGCAGUUGGUUGAGGUGGACGGGGGUAUCGUCAAUGAGGUCAAGCUUCUGAGGAAGGAGAGCCGCAACAUGAACUCCAGAGUCACUCAGCUGUACAUGCAGCUGCUCCACGAGAUCAUCCGGAAAAGAGACAAUGCCCUGGAACUGGCUCAGAUGGAGAACAAGAUCCUGAACCAAACGUCUGAGAUGCAGCAGCUCACCAGCCGAUACAAAGAUCUCGAGCACAAGUACCAGCACUUGGCUUCUUUGGCCACAAACCAGUCGACUCUUAUUGCCCUGCUGGAGGAGCAGUGCCAAAGUCGCCCUCCCCCUCGUCACGUGCCUGUCCCCCAGCCCCGGCCUCAGCCGCCGCCGCCGCCGUCGCCACCUCUCAACAAGCCCUACCAGCCUCCGGUCCUUCCGCGAAUCAACAACCCGAUCAGCAACGAGAUCCAGAGCGACCAAAAGUCUCUGCCGCCAGUUCUUCCAACGAUGCCCACGGGCACACACAGCCCGUCCACCACCGACAAGCCCUCUGGUCCAUUUAAGGACUGUCUGCAGGCUCUGGAAGACGGCCACACCGCCAGCGGCAUGUACCUGGUGAAGCCAGAGAAUGCCAACCGGCUCAUGCAGGUGUGGUGCGACCAGAGACAUGACCCAGGCGGCUGGACCGUCAUCCAGAGGAGGGUGGACGGCUCUGUCAACUUUUUCAGGAACUGGGAGACAUACAAGCAAGGCUUUGGCAACAUCGAUGGCGAGUACUGGCUGGGUCUGGAGAACAUCUACUGGCUCACUAACCAGGGAAACUACAAACUGCUGGUGACGCUGGAGGACUGGUCUGGCAGGAAGGUGUUCGCAGAGUACGCCAGCUUCAGAUUGGAGCCCGAGGCCGACUUCUACAAGCUACGAGUGGGCCGCUACCAUGGCAACGCCGGAGACUCCCUCACCUGGCACAACGGCAAACAGUUCACAACACUGGACCGAGACCAUGAUGCAUAUACAGGCAACUGUGCCCACUACCAGAAGGGAGGCUGGUGGUACAACUCCUGUGCACACUCAAAUCUGAACGGAGUCUGGUACAGAGGAGGACACUACCGCAGCCGCUACCAAGACGGGGUCUACUGGGCGGAGUUCAGAGGGGGGGCGUACUCACUGAAGAAGGUGGUCAUGAUGAUCCGGCCAAACCCGAACACCUUCCACUGAGCAUCCGCGGAUCACGCACUGUGCCGGAUCCCCCUCCGGAAACAGAAACCUCCACAGCUACUAAAACUCUUCAGCGGAGCUGUUUCAUGGAGGACCACCAGACGGAGCCACGUGACAAAGACAAACAUGAUGUUGAAAGUGCAAUAUCAAACCAUCAGGCUGACGGGCUGGUGCCUCCUGACGACUCGAAAGAACCUGAGCGGCGUUACAACCAUUUUCCUUCCACGUAUGACUCAGUAGAGACUCGUGCUCAUUGCUCAGGAGUUGUUUUAAAUACACUGUCUUUGAUCAGAAACCUGCUUAGCUGACAGUUAUUUAACAACUAUUAAGUUAAGUAGCUUUGAGAUAUGAAACCUACAAUAUAUAUUUAGUAUGUAUGUAAAGUUUUUUUUCAGUAACAAGUAAAUGAGGCCGACACAGGAAACGUAUCCAGUGACUUUUAAUUUCAUUCUAAAUACACUUUUCAAAUGUGUAAUUUAUAGGAACAGUAACAUUUAUUGACUUGUAAUACAGGGUUGAUAUUCUGGCCAGUUUUGUCAAUGACAAUCAAAUAUACUAGAUAAAAUUGUGGCGUUUCAUUUCCGAACAUUGAACCAAAACUGCUUAUACCAACACCUGCCGUUAUUAACAGUCUGCUAAUGCAACAUUUAAACGAUUUGAGGAUGUACAUUCUUCAACUUCCUGCCAUUUUUUUCUUAAAAAUACUUGUUUUGAAAUCUUGAAUUGCUUAAACAGGUGUCCACCAAUUUGCUUGUAUGAAUCAAGCACUGUAUUUACUGUAUAAAUCUAGUGGUUUGUGAUGUCAAUAGAUCCAAAACAUGUGUUUGUACAUAAAAGAUAUUUGUAAUAUAAUGUAUUAAAACCUGUAAUGUCACUAUUAAGUUGCAAUAAAAUAUGUACAGCUUG